UCUUGUGCAGAAGAAGAAGAGUAAAUGUUAAGAAAUAAGCUAUUGCACAAUUUAUUGACACAUGAUAUAACAAAGUAUUUUAAACAAAUGGCAACUGUAAACGUGUCGUCUGGAAGCUGUGGAAAAGAUAGUUCCGAGAUGACAACAACAGACAGGAAAGAUGAACUCAGUGAUUUCAAGAUAAUGCACAAGAAGGGUGAUUUAUUUGCUUGUCCCAGCACUGACAGUCUUGCACAUUGUGUCAGCAAGGACUUGAGAAUGGGGAAAGGCAUCGCAACUCUCUUCAAAAAGAUAUUUGGCGGUGUAGCAGAGCUUAAACAUCAAGCUAAAGAAGUGGGUGAUGUAGCAGUGUUGAAAGAUGAAUCCAGAUUUGUCUACUACCUGAUCACAAAAACCAAGUAUAAUGACAAACCAACAUACAAGACACUCGAAAGCAGUCUAGAAGCUAUGAAAAAACAUUGUCUUGCGAACGACGUUACUGCAGUAAGCAUGCCAAGAAUUGGCUGCGGUCUUGACUUACUUAAAUGGCCUCAGGUUGAAGAUUUAUUGAUACAAGUUUUCAUGGAUACGGAUAUUAAGGUUACUGUGUACAGCAUUUGAAUGGUCUUGACAAGUUUUAAUGUCCUUAAGAACAUGUUCAAGUAAUAUGAUAUGCAAGUAAUGUUGCAGACAGGCAUAUGAGGUUAUGCACCUUGUUUUUGUGUGAUAUUUCUUCCAUUCAUUUGUGAUUUGUUCAAAGUAAGGGACCACUUUUUGACCCAUACUAAUUAUGCCCCCACAAAGUGGCGGCAUAUAGGGUUGCCCUUGUCCGUACGUACGUCUGUACGUACGUACGUCCCGAAGAUUGUUUCCGAUCUAAUUCUUGAAAACUGUUUGUCCAAUCCUCACCAAACUUUAAACACAUGUUUGUGACCAUAAUAUCUUGAUCAAGUUCGAUAGUCAUGGAAAUCGCUUUAGUCAUUUAGGAGUUACGGCCCUUUUUUGCCAAAAAUACUUCAAAAAUAUAUGUUUCCAAUCUAAUUCUUGAAAAGUAUGUGUCCAAUCCUCACCAAACUUUACAUACAUGAUUGUGACCAUAAUAUCUUGAUCAAGUUCGAUAGCCAUGGAAAUCGCUUUUGUCAUUUAGGAGUUACGGCCCUUUAUUUGCAAAAAAAGACUUGUUUUUUGCCUACUCUGUAAAACCCUUGUAUAGCAAUUCAAUGAUGUCAGAUUGUUGUUUGUACAGUGCUCCAGCCAGGAUUUGAAAUAGGAAGGUGCUAGGUCAGAAUGGGCACUUUUGAUGGGCAUUGAAUGAGCCAUAAUGGGGCACUUAACAAGGGUCAAUGUUCAAUUCAUAUUGUGUAUGUGUUGUAACAACUUUCAUUACUAAUUGUUUGUUAUGAAUACCUUAGCUGUUAUCUUUACUUACCAGUAAUUGUCAAAAAUAUGUUAUUUAUUAUUUUUAUACUUUUUUCUGAAAAUUGACUUGACAAUACAUUUAUUUCCAAUAAAUAUCAAAGAUAGUUUAUAACCAUCAAGGAGGGCUCUAUCAAAAAAUGGCCUAACAGGCAUAGUCAACUGGCAGCAGGGUGCCAGAAAAGGGCAGCAGGGUGCUCCCCCUGCUAUUUAGGCCUAGCUGGAGCACUGAUUUUAUUAUCAUAUUGUAUAUAAUUUAUAAGUAAUAUUGAAAUUUCUCAAGGUUGUGCUAUAUUUCUUUGCUGAGGGGGUUUUUAAUUUUAUUAUUCAUCAACAAAAUGGAAAAUAUUUCACCCCGAACUACAUGUUUAAACAGAGAAAAAUGUUCAAUUUGAUGUGAAAUAGAGAGAUGUUUGGUUGCCAGUGAGGAACAGUUUUAAGCUCUAUUGGCCGAAGGCCAGAAGAGCUUAUGCGAUGGUAAUGUGUACGUAGUAUGUGCGUCUGUAAACAAUUGAUGUUAACACGAUAUAGCCUUCAGUUUUGAUUGUAUCUUGAUGAAACCUGUACAGUAUCUACAUAUCCGUUAGAGAUCAGUUCCUUUCGAAAACCAGCCAGAUCUGCCCAUGCAUGCUUAGAUUAUGGGCCUUGAUAGUAUACAAAAAUCAGUGUGUCAGUAAACAAUUGCUCGUUAACACGAUACAGCCUUCAGUUUUGAUUGUAUAUCGAUGAAACCUGUACAGUAUCUACAUAUCCAUUAGUGCUCGGUUCCUUUCGAAAACCAGCCAGAUCCGCCCAUGCAUGCCUAGAUUAUGGCCCUUGAUAAUAUAAAAAUCCUGUAAACAAUUGCUUGUUAACACGAAACAGCCUUCAGUUUUGAUUUUAUCUUGAUGAAACUUGUACAGUAUCUACAUAUCCAUAAGAGCUCGGUUCCUUUUGAAAACCAGCCAGAUCCGCCCAUGCAUGCCUAGAUUAUGGGCCUUGAUAGUAUAAAAAAAUCAGUGUCAGUAAACAAUUGCUCGUUAACACGAUACAGCCUUCAGUUUUGAUUGUAUCUCGAUGAAACUUGUACAGUAUCUACAUAUCCCUAAGAGCUCGGUUCCUUUCGAAAACCAGCCAGAUACGCCCAUGCAUGCCUAGAUUAUGGGCCUUGAUAGUAAAAAAAUCAGUAUGUCAGUAAACAAUUCCUCAUUACCACGAUACAGCCUUCAGUUUUGAUUGUAUCUUGAUGAAACCUGUACAGUAUCUACAUAUCCAUUAGAGCUCGGUUCCUUUCGAAAACCAGCCAGAUCCGCCCAUGCAUGCCUAGAUUAUGGCCCUUGAUAGUAUAAAAAAACUGUGUAAAUAAUUGCUCAUUAACACGAUACAACCUUCAGUUUUGAAUGUAUUUCGAUGAAACUUGUACAGUAUCUACAUAUCUAUUAGAGCUCAGUUCCUUUCGAAAACCAGCCAGAUACGCCCAUGCAUGCCUAGAUUAUGGGCCUUGAUAGUAUAAAAAAUUCAGUGUGACAGUAAACAAUUGCUCGUUAAUACGAUACAGCCUUCAGUUUUGAUUGUAUUUCGAUGAAACUUGUACAGUAUCUACAUAUCCAUCAGAGCUUGGUUCCUUUCGAAAACCAGCCAGAUACGCCCAUGCAUGCCUAGAUUAUGGGCCUUGAUAGUAAAAAAAAUCAGUAUGUCAGUAAACAAUUGCUCGUUAACACGAUACAGUCCUCAGUUUUGAUUGUUAUGCAUGACUAGAUUAUGGGCCUUGAAAUGAUUAGAUUAUGGGCCUUGAUAAUAUAAAAAAAUGAUAUUGUGUAAUGAAUGCUUGCGAACAUGAUACAGUCUUCAGUUUUGAGUAUUCAGAUACCCAUAAGGGGUUGGUUCUUUUCGAAAACAGUGAUGUUGACCACACAAACCCAGCCAGUAGAGCAUAGGCCCUUUUGGGCCUCUUGUUUAGAUUUAGUUUUAAAUGAUAACAAAACAGGGCAAAUUAUUGGUACAUUUACACUAUCAUUUGAGUGGACUGUACUGAGUUUGUUUGACACAUAAAUUUGUUCUUAAAAUAAGCAUACAUUAGAAGUUUUAUCAUACUGAUCAGAACCGUUUCAAAUUUUUUUUGCAAAGUUUAGGAUCAUAAAUUUCCAGGUGUAACCUAGUUUUGGGAAGUUUAUCUGAUUUACAUAUAUAUUUUCCAUUUUGUUGAUGUAUAAUAAAAUUAAUAUCUGUCUGUAACCUUAAGGGUGUCCACAAGCACUCUUUAGCAGCGUAUGGACAAAUUAAAUAUGUGAUUGGAAUGGAAUGAGCCCCAUGGUCUUUCUGUUAAUUUCCAAAUUAUUGAGUAUUUCUGGAAGUAUUUAAGAAAAAACUCCAUUUCUAUGAGAAAAGGGACCCUAACAAGUACAAUUUUAUUUUGUUGGUAGAAUAUUUUUUGUAGGUUUUAUGAACACUAAUGUUGUUUUAGAAACAACCAUUGUUUGUGUUUCUGUGAACAUAUUGAUGGCACAAUUACGUAUUGUAAAACUGCUCAUACAGUGUAUACUUGUUAUAAAAAUCAUUAAAAUAAAAACAUUGCAACUUGA